UCAGUCAUUUUUCGAGAUCCAAAAGUAUCACAAUGAGAUUGCUACAACUCGCAGCAUUUUUGAUGAUCAUUAAUUUGGCAUUCACCACUUACCACAUACCGUACAUUGCCUCUCAAGAUAACCCAUUGAUGGUGGUGUUACAACUGAUGCAUGCCAAUAUUGACCAGUUGGCAAACGGAAUGGAAACACUUAAGAACAAAUUGGGUCAUCUGAAAAACGAACUAUUCUCCGCUCCAACAUGCCCCAAUAAAACCAUCGAUGGUGUUUACCGCUUGAAACCGUCCCAGUCGUUCAUAUCGGCGUACUGCCACUACGACCAAAAUGACUCAAACGGUUGGAUCGUUUUCCUCAGACGUUCCAGUGGAUUGUUAAGUUUCUCCCGCCUUUGGAACGACUAUCGCGCUGGUUUUGGAGAUCUGCGAGGCGAUCAUUGGUUGGGUCUGGAAAAGCUAUAUCAGAUCACCCGUAUGGGAAAUUAUGAGCUGAAGGUAGUUUUGAAAAGUUUUGAAGAGGAGCACAUGUGGGCCAGGUAUGACGGAUUUAAAAUUUCCGAUGAAUUUGAUCGGUACCGAUUGCAACUGGGACGAUUUGCUGGGGGAAAUGUCGAGAACAAACUGAACAAUCACAACGCUAUGAAAUUUUCCACCCCGGAUAACGACAAUGAUGUGUGGGAUGGCAACUGUGCAGAAUUGUACAAGAGUGGAUGGUGGUUCAACGAAUGCCACACAGUAAAUCUCAACGGGAUGUACAGAAACAACACACAAUUUGACAAAAUAAUUUGGGACGGCAAAACUUUGAAGGAAGCUCAGAUGAUGAUUCGAAUUAUAAAAUCUAAAUAAUCAAAGGCUAAUAAAAACUGAUCCUUUUUGUACUUGUCAA